UCGCCCAGCCCGCGAGUGCUCGGAGGGAAGCGAGGAGGUGGCGCGUCCGCGAGCGGCGGCCAAGUUGCUUCUGAAGGGAGCCCAAGGUAGCGGGGCGAGGCCACUGGGCGCAGGGACGGACCCGUCGGGGACUCCCCAGAUGACCGGUUCUAACGAGUUCAAACUGAACCAGCCACCCGAGGACGGCAUCUCCUCGGUGAAGUUCAGCCCCAACACGUCCCAGUUCCUGCUGGUCUCCUCCUGGGACACGUCGGUGCGCCUCUACGAUGUGCCGGCCAACUCCAUGCGGCUCAAGUACCAGCACACCGGCGCCGUCCUGGACUGUGCCUUCUACGAUCCAACGCAUGCUUGGAGUGGGGGGUUAGACCAUCAAUUGAAAAUGCAUGAUUUGAACACGGAUCAAGAAAAUCUUGUUGGAACCCAUGAUGCCCCUAUCAGAUGUGUUGAAUACUGUCCAGAAGUGAAUGUGAUGGUUACAGGGAGCUGGGAUCAGACGGUUAAAUUGUGGGAUCCCAGAACUCCUUGUAAUGCAGGGACCUUCUCUCAGCCUGAAAAGGUGUAUACCCUCUCAGUGUCUGGAGACCGGCUGAUUGUGGGCACUGCAGGCCGCAGGGUGUUGGUGUGGGACUUGCGGAACAUGGGCUACGUACAGCAGCGCCGGGAGUCCAGCCUCAAGUACCAGACCCGCUGCAUACGGGCUUUUCCCAACAAGCAGGGUUAUGUAUUAAGCUCCAUCGAAGGUCGAGUGGCAGUUGAGUACUUGGACCCGAGCCCUGAAGUGCAGAAGAAGAAGUAUGCCUUCAAGUGUCACAGACUAAAGGAGAAUAACAUUGAGCAGAUUUACCCGGUCAAUGCCAUUUCCUUUCACAACAUCCAUAAUACAUUUGCUACAGGCGGCUCUGAUGGAUUUGUCAACAUUUGGGAUCCGUUUAACAAAAAGCGAUUGUGCCAGUUCCAUCGGUACCCCACCAGCAUUGCAUCGCUUGCCUUCAGUAAUGAUGGGACCACGCUCGCAAUAGCAUCAUCGUAUAUGUAUGAAAUGGAUGACACGGAACAUCCUGAAGAUGGUAUCUUCAUUCGCCAAGUGACAGAUGCCGAAACAAAACCCAAAAAUACCCUUGGUCAGAAUAAUGGCAGUGUGCACCUUCAGGCUUCGGAUGUGGAAGGAGCUCUGUGGCCAGGUUCACUCUUAGUUCACCCGGAUUGCUGGCGAUAUCAUGGAGAAGCACAGCCUCCCGGAUGUGACUGACGUAGCUGGUCCUACACGUGGAGGACAAGUGUGUUAACACGUAGGCUCUCAGCACGUUGCCCUUUGUUGCUCUAGUCCAGCAGGUGAACGUUGACCUCAGCUCCUAGCGGAAGCCUAGAAUGGGUACUGCUCGUUGAGAGCUCGGUCCUUCCUUGGCGGCUCGGCUUUCUGCUUGUCACAAGCACGCGUACUGGUCAAUGCUGGACUUCAUCUUUGCUUUGCAGUAAUAUGUACUGUUUCAAAACAUCCUGUGCUUGUGCUGUCCAUCAUUAUCCAGGAUUUGCUUUAUUUUUAUUUCAUUUUUUAAAGGUUUAUUAUUUAAAAAAAUUUUUUAUUAAAAAUUGUUUUGAAUGUUUUUUUGUUUAUUUUUGAGAGCGAGCGAGCGGGGGAGGGGCAGAGAGAGAGGGAGAUGCAGAAUCUGAAGUGGCUCCAGGCUCUGAGAUGUUAGCACAGAGCCCAAGACAGGGUUUGAACUCACAAACUGCAAGAUCAUGUCCUGAGCCAAAGUUGGAGGCUUGACCGACUGAACCACUCAGGCGCUGCUAAAGGUUUAUUUAAUUUUGAGAGAGAGGGAGAGGGAGAGAGAGCGCACAUGGGGGAGGGGUAAAGAGAGAGGGGGGACAGAGGAUCUGAAGCAGGCUUGGCGUUGACAGCAACCAGCCAGAUGUGGGGCUCGAACUCCUGAAUCGUGAGAUCGUGACCUGAGCCGAAGUUGAAGUUGGCUGCCCAACUGAGCCACCCAGGUGCUCUUACUUUUAUUUUUUAAAAAAAUGUCUAUUUACUUAGAAUACACACAUGUGUGCAUGCGAGCGAGGGAGGGGCAGAGAGGAAGAGAGAAUCCCAAGCAGGCUCUGUGCUCUCAAUGCAGAGCUGGAUGUGGGACUCGAACUCACAAACCGUGAAAUGACCUGAGCCGAGAUCACUAGUGGGACGCUUAACCAACUGGGCCACCCAGGCACCCCCGGAAGUUUACUUUUGACUCAGAUCUGAAACUGUUGAAGAAGAAGAGAAAUAUCACUCAGUUGGACUCACAGAGAAUUUGUGGUAAGUCAACAGGAGAAAAAGCAAAUGAGAUCAGAGGAAAUAUACUGAACUCUUGAAAGGUGGAUUCUUCAUGGCGAUUAACACAUUAUUGGUAAUAGUAGUAAUAAUUUGAUCUGUGCAUCAAACAGGGCUACUGCCUGGAAACACUUGGUAGCCAUCUCUGUUACUGAGGCUGGGCAUGUUUAAUAUUUCUAAAGAAACACUUUUUGGGUGAAAAUAGUGAAACAGUUUGAUUUACCCCAGACCUCUCAGCUGGUGAGUGGGGACUAACCUUGGGAAACUUGCAGAGACUUCUUGGGAUUCAUUGGGAAACAGUAGGACUAACCUGAAAUUUAAAUUGGGCUCUGUAAGCAAAAUUUUAAUUUGGCCACCAAGUGACUAUUUUAGAAAAGGUAAAAACCAGAAGGGAAGAUGAUUUCUAUUUCCUUUUGGACAGUGUUUAGAUCUCUCUCAGCAAAUUUCUUGGUUGACUUCAUUUUUUAAGGGUUUUUCCUUGACUAGAGCUUCUUAGCGGAGAAGAAAAAAUAAAAUUAGGGAGAGUUAUUUUUAAUUCUUGUUGCCUUGAGCACCUAAUUGUAGAUUUGGAGUUAAAGAGACAAAAAUGCCUGUAAAAGGUUCUGUUUUGGCAACUUGGGAGACGAACCUGGCAAGAGAGAAGUGGAUGCGUUGGAAGGGGCGACCAUGUACCAGAGCCUAUGCCUAUAAUAUUUGCGGGUGGGAUUGUCAUUACUUUUGGCAGAAGGGGAUUCCUCUUUGUUUUUCUUAGCCCUCCAGAAAUACAAAGGUCAGGAACUAGAAACUGAAGAAAUCAGUUUGAAACAAGCCGCCUUCAACCUCUGUCAGAACUUGCUGAGCGAGGGGUACCCAAAGCCUUGGACAUCUGGAGAACAGAGAUCUGAAAAGCUUCUGAAGGCCUGGCCUCUUACUGAAUGUUGAGGGCCUUACAGAAAACAUGAAGUCGUGGCCAUUUUUCUCAUGGAACUAUCCAUUACUGCCAAGUGCUUGCCGGAAAAUAACGGGUCUUUCACAAGAGCCUCCUCAUCCUCAGAGAUCAGAAGCCUGUGCCAGGCUGAAUGAUUCAUAGCACAGGAUUCAAGGUCUCUUGGCUACUGCUUAGGGCUAAUCUUGCAGAUCUGUAAUUCAGGGGUCACAGUCCUCCACUUUUCUUUUUUUCUCCCUCUGUUCCUCUCUUACUUCUCUUUUUCCCUUCCCUUCAAUCCACGGGCAGAUCAUAAAACGCAUUUGUGGGGCACCUGCGUGGCUCAGUCGGUUAUGUGACUCUUGAUUUCAGCUCAGGUCAUGAUCUCACGGUUCAUGAGAUUGAGCCCCAUGUCACGGUCUGCGCUGACAGCGUGGCCUGCUUGGGAUUUCUCUCCCCCUCUCUCUGCCCCUCCCCUGCUCGUUCGUGCUCUCUCUCAAAAUAAGAUUAAAAACAAAAAGCGGCAGUUGUGUAAAAGUUGGCUUAGGAAAGUAAGGCCAUUGGUGGAUUUCUGAAAUAGGUGCUCAAGACCCCACUGUGCCAUUUGGUCCAGGCGCUGGUGGGUGGCAAUGGACAGUCAGCCCAGUGUAUGCCCAUGAAACCAAGUGUUGGAUCCAGUCUGGCAUAUGUGAUGCCAUGAAAUAACUGGGCUAUUUGAGGGAACCGUGAAAUAGCACAUUUUAUCUUCAGUGCACGAAAACACAAAAAACAACAUGCAUCGUGGAAGGAUUCUUCCAGGCAAUCGCUUAGGAGGUACUCUCAUCCCUGCUUCUCUGCAUGGCUCACAUAGAACAGAACAUGCUUCUGGCCCACUCAGCUGGGUGCCCUCGGGUGCCGGGGGCACCUGAGGCUGUAGCUUUUUCUCUGGCUCUCUCAGGCUCCUCUCCAUGCUGGCAUGGCCUAACACGCUGUCCCUUUGCCUUUGGAAGGCAGGGGUUCUCAGCUUCUACAAAUACGGACUUGUAAUGUUUCUUAAAUGUUUGAGUAGCUUGAAAGUUAAAAACCGAAAUGAUUUACCUCUACCUGCUCAGAGCCCUUAAAUGAUUUUAUCCAUCUUUCCUAAAUGACACUGGAUCAUUUUUUUCCUUGCAUAGUGUUACUUCUCAAAUCAAUGAGGAUGAUGUUGUUAUUACUAUUUUUUU